AUUCCAACAGGUCUAUUCGUUGACGUGGGAAACAACUACUCAGUGCUUGACCACCCAAACAUCUGUUUUGUCUACGACUACGUGGGUUCCAAGGAUGAGGAGAAGAGCCAGGGAGACUUUGUAAGUACCCGCCUGUGAAUGGCCACUGUGACAGACGAGGAGACGUGACAGACGAGGAGACGUGACAAACGAGGAGACGUGACAGACGAGGAGACGUGACAAACGAGGAGACGUGACAGACGAGGAGACGUGACACUUGUGGCGUCAUGUCAGAUAGAGUGACGUCUCACAAUGCAACUACAAGUUUGGCUUUUGAAACGACAACAUUUCUAAUGUGCUAAAAAGUAUAGUAUUUCAAAUGUUUACUAAGUAUAGAAUUUCAAAUGUUUACUAAGUAUAGUAUUUCAAAUGCUUACUAAGUAUAGAAUUUCAAAUGUUUACUAAGUAUAUUAUUUCAAAUGCUUACUAAGUAUAGAAUUUCAAAUGUUUACUAAGUAUAUUAUUUCAAAUGCUUACUAAGUAUAUUAUUUCAAAUGUUUACUAAGUAUAUUAUUUCAAAUGUUUACUAAGUAUAUUAUUUCAAAUGUUUACUAAGUAUAUUAUUUCAAAUGCUUACUAAGUAUAGAAUUUCAAAUGCUUACUAAGUAUAUUAUUUCAAAUGUUUACUAAGUAUAUUAUUUCAAAUGUUUACUAAGUAUAUUAUUUCAAAUGCUUACUAAGUAUAUUAUUUCAAAUGUUUACUAAGUAUAUUAUUUCAAAUGUUUACUAAGUAUAUUAUUUCAAAUGUUUACUAAGUAUAUUAUUUCAAGUGUUUACUAAGUAUAGAAUUUCAAAUUUUCACUAAGUAAAGUAGUUAAAAUGUAUAAUAGAAAAUUACUAUUCGAGAUACCUUUCCACCAGGUCGUCAAAGAGCUGGUGGCCAUCUUCCCGGUGCUGAGAGAUUGGAUCGCUGAGUUUCUACAGCAGAACAACUGUAUGGUGGCCUCGGACAUCGGGCACAACAUGUUGAUUGAACAGGUCUGA